UUGCGAGCACAGCUUACUCAGUCGAUUUGGCUCGUACACAAAACCAAGACUGAGUUUCCUUUUCGGACCAAGUCUGAGUUCCCCUUUGCCUCCAAAUCAGAAAUGAUUAUCACUGGACUUCAGGAGCAACAACUUGCAACUAGGAUUUCAUUUUAUGGCUCUGGAAAGGUGACUAUGAAUGUUACCUCAGAAAAAAUGGGAUUAAAGCAAGGUGAGGCAAUGAGAGUCUCUGUGGAAGUGCUCAAUGAUUCAGCACAUGCGGUAAUACCCAAAUUCUACCUGUGUGAGAAGCAGACCUUUGUUGCUCAGUCAAAGAGAAAAGUGCACACAAAUGACAUCCUGUUUGGGACAGGAGAGCCUGUUCCGGCUGAAACCAGUCAGACCACCACCAAAGUUCUUAGUAUCCCUCCGCAGCUCCCUCCUACCUUCUUCAACUGCUGCAUGAUGAAGCUGGAGUACAGACUCAAGGUUACCCUUGAUGUCCCUCUGUCAAGAGAGCCUGUAAUCAAACUCCCUCUGGUCAUCCUGCUGGGUUUACCAAAACCACAUGAGAAAAAGACGAAAAAGGGAUCCAUCUGGUUUAGAAAGCUUCCUGGUUAGAAGGAUGUGUUAGAUCACC